UGCGGCGCUGGGACGGACAGACGGAAGGUGCACGCAGAACAGACCGGGCGGGGCCGGCGCGGGCGCGGGUGCGGGCGCGGAGGGCCCCGGUGGUGGAGGGCUGCACAAGGUAGCGGCGGCGAUGUGGGGGUGACCGUCAGCGCGCGUUCCAGGACCGUGAGAGCGGAGGGCCCCCGGGCCAGGUGGACGUCAGUCGGGAUGGAAGCAGAAGGCUUGGAUUGGCUUUUGGUCCCCUUGCACCAGCUGGUGUCCUGGGGGGCAGCCGGGGCCAUGGUGUUCGGAGGGGUCGUGCCCUAUAUCCCACAGUACAGGGACAUCCGGAGGACUCAGAAUGCUGAGGGCUUCUCUACCUACGUGUGUCUGGUGCUCCUGGUGGCUAACAUUUUACGGAUCCUUUUCUGGUUUGGAAGGCAUUUUGAGUCGCCGCUCCUCUGGCAAAGCAUAGUCAUGAUCUUGACCAUGUUACUGAUGUUGAAACUCUGCACCGAAGUCCGCGUGACAAAUGAGCUGAACGUAAAACGCCGUUUCUUUGCAGCUGCGGAUACCCAGGAUGAAGCAAUCAAGCCCCCGCCCCGGCGGUCAUAUCUGGACUUUGACCCUCGCCACUUCUGGCACUGGAGCAGCUUCGGGGACUACGUGCAGUGUGUCGUGGCCUUCACGGGCGUGGCGGGCUACAUCACGUACCUGUCCAUCGACUCGGCCCUGUUUGUGGAGACCCUGGGCUUCCUGGCCGUGCUGACCGAGGCCAUGCUGGGUGUCCCGCAGCUCUACCGCAACUAUCGCCACCAGUCCACUGAGGGAAUGAGGUGCAUUGGCUCCCUCUCCCGUGAUAUGGCUUACAGGCCCUUCCCUCCCCAUUUCUCCCUGGAUGGAUGUCUAUUCCACUGAAGCAUGACAGAAGACGACUAGUGUGCACUUUCAGAUACGAAUGUGCGGCGGGAGGCCUGUCCGGUGGCUGGGGCACGGUGCCCCCUCCUCUGGGGACCCUUGGCACCUGCGGACUCACUGAGGCUGACCACCUGAUUUGUGGCCACAGCGUGCUCAAAGUGGGCUCAUGUUGAUCCCACACCUGCUGCUUCCAAGCCCACCUGCCUGUAUCUGUGUGCUUGCUGCACCUGCACUGUCACUGUUUACUGGUCAGAUCCUGUAGGCAACUUACUGUAUCCGGCAUGUAGGGCAUACCCAGGCAGUUGAAUCCAACAUUGUCUCAAUUUUCCAAGUUCAACUUCUGUGAUGGGAAAGAACUCUCCAUGGGUCAGAGGCAGGCCAGAGUGGAGGCUGCCAGCGCCCAAGGUUGGAGGCCGUGAUCCAUGGAGAGGAAGCUGGGUCCACAGACAUCGCCAGAGGCAGGAGAUUCAAGCUUCUUAAUGUGGGAAAUGACACAACAGCUUAAUUCCCCCAGUGCCACCAAGAGCAGCUUGCAGGACGCUCGGGAAAUUACAAAAACAAUUCUAGUUAUGGUAAUAUUAAGAGUGUAAAAUACUUAGAAAUUAACUUAACCAAGGAGGGGCGCCUGGGUGGCUCAGUCGGUUGAGUGUACGACUUGGGCUCAGGUCAUGAUCUCAUGGUGCGUGAGCUCGAGCCCCACAUCGGGCUCUGUGCUGACGGCUCAGAGCCUGGAGCCUGCUUCGGAUUCUGUGUCCCCCCACCUCUCUCCGUCCCACCCCUGCUUGUGCUCCAUCUCUCUCUUUCAAAAAUGAGUAAACCUAAAAAAAUUUUUUUUUCUGAAAAAAAAUUAACUUAACCAAGGAGAUAAAAGACUUGUACAAUGAAAACUACAAAACAGUCUGCUGAAAAAAAUUUAAGACAUAAGUAAAUGGAAAGACAUCCCAUGUUCAUGGACUGGAAGACUCAAUAUUGUUAUAAUGUCAGUACUACCCAAAGCAAUCUCAGAUUUAAUGGAAUCCCUGUCGAAAUCCCAGUGAUUUUUUUUUUUUUUUUUUUUUGCAGAAAUAGAAAAACCAGGCCUAAAAUUCAUAGGGAAUAUUAAGGGACCCCCAAAUAGUCAAAACAAUCUCGAAUAAAACUAGAAGACUCAUACUUUCAGAUUUCAAAAAUAACUAAAAAGUACAAUAAUCAAGACAGUGUGUUAUUGGCAUAAAGACAAAUAGACCAGGGGUCUAGAGAGUCCCGAAAUGACAUUUACAUAUAUGGUUAAGUGAUUUUCGGAAAGGGUGCCAAGAUCAUUCAGUGGAGAAAGGACAGUCUUUUCAACAAAUGGUUCUGAGAAAUGGCAUAUCCACAUGCAAAAGAAUGACAUUAGACUCUUACCUGGCACCGUAUACAAAAAUUAACUCAAAAUUGAUCAAAGACCUGAAUGUAAGACCUAAAGCAAUGGAAUUCUUAGAAGGAAACAGGAGAAAAGCAUCAUGACAUUGGAUUUGGCAGUGAUUUCUUGGAUGUGACACCAAAGGCACAGGAAACAACAUAAAAAAUACAUGUUGGGCUUUAUAAAAUCUAAAAGUUUUGGGGCACUUGGGUGGCUCACUUGGUCGAGUGUCUGACUUUGGCUCAGGUCAUGAUCUCACAGUUCGUGAAUUUGAGUCCCACAUCGGGCUCGCUGCUGUCAGCCUGUCAAUGCAGAGCCUGCUUUGGAUCUUCUGUCCCUCUCUCUCUGCCCCUCCCCUGCUUGCGCUCUCCCCCACGUCCCCGCUAUCCUGGUGGGUGUCACGUGGGAUCUUGUUGUGGUUUUGAUUUGCAUUUCCCUAAUAACUAAUGAUGUUGAACAUCCUUUCAUGUGCUUCUUGACCAUUUAUACGUCUAUGGAGAGAUGUCUGUUCAGACCUUUUGUCUGUUUUUAAAUUUGGUUGUUUGUCUUUUUAUUACUGAGUUGUAGAUUUCUUUGUCUACACUGGAUACUGGAACUCUUGUCAGGUAUAUGAUUUGCAAGUUUUUUCUCCCAUCCUGUGGAUUGUCUUCACAUUCCUGAUAUUUUCCUUUUCAGCACAAAAGAUUUUUAAAUUGAAUGAAGUCCAGCGUGUUUGUGUGUGUGUGUGUUGCUUAUGCUUUAGUUGUCAUGCCCAAGAAACCAUUGUCUGACCUAAGGUCACAAAAACCUACUCUUUUGGGAUGUGUUUUGGGUGGAGUUUGAUGGGUGGGAGGAGGGCAAGGUCUGGGCCUGGGCUCGUGAGGGGAGGGCUGGGGAGGCCACAGGGCUUGGCCUGCCUGACCUGUGUGCUGUGGGGGGAGGCUUUCUGGACUGUGGGGCAGGGCAAGGAUGAGGUGAGAGGUAUUUUAGGAGUAGUCUGAGAGGAAAAAAUGCAGGAGCCAAGAAUGAGGUAAUGGGAGCUGGGAUUAAAAUAGUGGGAGGGGGUAGGGAUGGCCAGGUGUGGGAGGAGCUGGUGGCCUGACCAGGACUCCAGCUCCCAAGCUACCAGCCUGAGCAGGAAGGACAUGGCCUGGGGCCUGGGAGGCGACCAGCUGGGCUUCCUGCGUGGUGGAAACCCUGGGCUCCGUGUAGGAGGAGGAGUCGGGGUCUCCCUUGGGUGGCACUCCAGACACCCCAGACAUACUGAAGAGUGACAGCCCCACCUCUGCGCCUCGCUCCUCCGUCCCACAGCUGCUGCAAGUGAUGGGAAUUCACAGCUCACUGAAGGUCCUGGGAGUCUUGGGGGCAGGGCACCACACAGUCUUGGGGUGACAACGUGAGCUUGUACAUCAGAGUCCUUGCUGUCUGCACAGGGGCGUUCCUUCCUGAUAAGCAGAUUGCUCAGGGUGUUGGUUUUCUCCUGCACCAGACGGGCGGGAACAACUUGGUUAAUAUUUGACCUAGGUGGCUGGUCGUGGGACCUCAGCGAGGCUGUCACAUUCCUGACCCCGAGCCAUAGCUGACUCAAGGGCCGAGGCUGGGUGAGGCGUCUGGUCUGCGCGGCUAAAAAUGUUCUUUACAUCAGGUGACCUCACGUCUGAGCAGUGACCGCAUGUCUGCACAUGCACCUGUGCACUCAGGACCCAGAGGGGCUCUGACAGGGCGCCAGGGGAGGGGUGGCCUCGGGUCCCGGGACUGACCUCAGCUGCAUUUUCUGCCUGCCCCAUAGGGAGUGCCGCUGUGUGGAGUCCUGUCUCUCUCCGAGCCACCAGGGGAGGGAGGGGCCAGCUUCUGGCCAGGGGGCCAUCGAAGGACCGGCACCCUCACCCCAGGAAUGGCCUGGCCCUGAGGGGCUGGGGACACAGGGCUUUUCCAGGCUGGUGUCACUCCGGCUCUGGCUGCAGCCCCAAAGCCCCACUUGAGAAGGCUCCAGCCCGGCCGUCUGCCCGACCCUGCUGCCUGAGCUGGAACUGUCUCUGUGGCUCGUUAGGCUUUCCUUGUGUUUUGAGGAGGGUCUGUCAGUCCCCUCCUAAACUUGGGUGUCUCUGGGGGAGACCGUGCCUUGAGCGCUGAGUCCAUAGAAUGGAACGAGCCUCUUCCUCUGAGCGCCCGUUGCUUCCCUCCUGUCUUCAUGGCAGAAACCUCGCUUGCUUUUGGAGCUUCUCCUUGAGGCGCUUGCUUUGUGGCUGUGGGUUUUCCUCGGAAAGUGUGGUGUUGUGAGUGUGGGGGCUGUGAGCAGCUUGGACAGGCCGGCCCUCCGCGGUGCAGUUCACUCCGUGCACCCGGGCCCCAGUCUGGCAGGUGCCUGCGGCCUCCUGGUGGCCCAGCCCAGGCCUGGAGGGGACCGCGUGCUGUCAGCUCUGUUCCCCGUUCACCCCGCUUCCCUCACUCAGCUCGUCUCCGUGGUGUGCCCCCCACCUCCACGGUUCCCCCGGUUCUAAGGGUGCCAUUAGCCCAAGUCCCUGCCCUGCGGCCCCACUGAGGCCCUGAGCCAUGAUGCCGAGUCACCCACAGGCAGACAUCCCCAGCUGGUGCUCCAGACCAGGACAGUUCAGACCGAGAGAGAGGCACGGGGUGGGAAGUGGAGGGUUUUGAUUACCGCAGGUGACAAAUCCCCAUGGUAAAUGUCACAGCAGCCAGCACCGUCCCUUCUGCUCCUCGGCCAUGCUGCCUAGGGUGGACCAGGUCUGAUGUCCACAGGGACUAGUCGGGGAAGGCGGCCAGUGGCAGAAUGCAGACCCAAACUUCCAAUCUCGGAUCUUUUCCACGAGGCUGCACGGGGCAAGCCCAUCUCUCCCCCUGAGCACGACUGCAGGCCCGGACAGAAGGCACGGAGCAGCUGUGGGGACUCCAAGAAGUCAGCCGGCGCGGGCAGGUCACGGGAAGGAGACCGCAACUUGACACAUGGAUGACUGACCUGAGUUCCGUUUUCCCGUCCAUCUCUGCCAGCCUGGAACUCAGCACUGUGCCCUGGGUAGGGUGGAAAGAGCUCCACAAGGGGCCUCCUCCACUGGUCCCAGCGUGGGGCAGGGCCCCCUCCAGGGCAGAGAGUGAGGAGACGCCCGAGGUUGUUGUCGUUGCUGUUUUGGCCUUGCUCUUAUGUCCUGGCUCCAGGCAAGUCCCAAUCCUGAAGGGCUGUCUGCCGAGCUGGGGCCGUGUGAGCGGUGGCUGGACAGACACCUGCCCCUGAGAGUAAAGGGGGAUCCUGUGGCUCUCUCCCUCCACCCUGCCACCACGUGGACCUGGACACUAAAGCCCUGGCUUUCCAGCCAGAGGACCUGGGAAAGGAGUGUCCCCGAGGCACAGAGUCAGGGAGAUGGACAGGAACAUCUUGGGACAGGGAUCCUGUAAAGUUGCAUGUGACUCCUGGGCUCACGCCAAGCUAUGCAUGCGUGGACUUGGCCCUAACCUACAUCCCAGAGGCGUUGAAAACUGAAUGUUGGGGAGGACCACCACCCACAUCCCAGCCCGGCCACAGAGUGCUGCCUGCACAGUUCGGACCCAGGCGGCUCUGCCGAGGCCUUGAAAACUGAGCUGAAUUGACCUGCAGCCCACAUCAGCUGCUGUUAGAACACAAGACCCGACAUUCUCCAUAGGGUUUAAUAAGGCAUACAGUCUCAUUAUAUGUUAACAAUGUCCAGGAUACAAACCAAAAUUACUCAACAUAUGAAGGAACCAGGAAGAUCUCAGCAGCUGUCAAAGGACACGGGAACCAGCUGACAACAAGGACCGUGAACCAGGUGACAGAGGCACUGUGGUCGCUGGAAACCACUCUAGAGAGCGAGAGCGGACACUCUGGAGAUGAAUGAAAAACAGAACAUCUCAGCAAAGACGUGGAAGCUAUAAAAAAGAACCAAAUAGAAGAUCUUAAAUUAAAAAAUACAGAAAACCAAAUAAAAAUGUACUUCGUGAGUUCAGUAGCAGAAUGAAGGUAACAGGAGAAAGAGUCUGAACCUGAAGACAGAUCAGUAAAAAUCGUACAUUCUCAACAACAGAGAAAAACUGGGGGUAAAAGUGGACGUAGGGACAGGACCAAAAGAUCUAACAUUGAUGUCGUCUGAGUUUAGGAGACGAGUGUGGAGCAGACAAAAAUAGUUAAAGAGGUAAUGGCUGAAAAUUUUCCAAAUUUGAUGUUAGAUAAACACAGAUUUCAGACGAUUGGCAAAUCCCAAACGUGUAUCACAUCACAAUCUGCUAAAAACCAACGUUAAAUGUGGAAAGCAGCCAGAAAAAGAUGUGUUAUAUAUAAUAAAUCUGGAUUUUCAAAAUGCAGAAUUAGUUAUCAGCUAACUCAGAACAAACAUUUUGAAAUACUACAUGAGCCAACACUACAGGCCAAGUGAGAUGUAUCCGUGGGCUGUUUGGAUGUGGAUGCCUGCCCACAGACAAGCUGGAUGGAGCUCGGCCUUAGGCCAUCUCCCCAGCGGCCGUCCCGGAGAACCUGAGGCUGUCGUGAGCAGAAAGGUCAGGAGAUUUCUCCGCUUCCCGUCGGUUCUGCGUGGCCAGUGUGACACUUCAGCGGGCGGAGGAUGGGACCAAGAGCAGUGUUGGAGCGCCUGCUGCCUCCGUGCGCUGGGGUUCAGGAGACGGGGCUCCUCACCCCGGUUCUGUCAGAACCAGCCUGGGGCUUGAGGUUGUCCGAACGCCAGGGCUCUGGGGUGGAGGAGUGCCCACUUCCAAGAGCCCACAGCGCCUGCCUCGCCCUCGACGUAAGUUCUCCUCGGUCUGGUGCUUGCGGCUCUGACGGGCACCCUGUCUGCUUGGGGGACUUCACUGUCCUUCCUGCUGCCUGGUGGCACCACCCCCAAACUCUGUGGCCUGGUUUCAUCAGUUGGAGAAGGUUCGGCCUGCUGGCGGAGGUGGUCCGAUUUAAACAUAGCGUACGCGGGAAGGCACAGCGGUGCUCUGCUCGUCGCUCGGGGAGCCAGGGCUCGGUGGUGUGCGUGUGGGCUGUGGGCAGUGACGUGAGUGACAGUUCCCUCUUUACUCACCAAGGGUCCCUGUCCCCCUACAGAUGGGUCUGAGGUGUCUGAGGGGGGUCGGCGUCCAUGACCGGGAAGGGACUCGCCCUCCAGUGAGCUUUCGCGUGGGGGGGGGGGCUCUGGCCGGGCAGGGAUUUCCGAGAGUGGCCGGCUUUGGUCCGCUCCUCCUGACAGCCCCUGCUUUUGUCCCCUGGGUGCAGACCGGGCGCUCCGCGGCCAGGAAGAGAAAGCUGAGGCUGAGGGGGCCACCACCUGCCUGGGCAAGGCUCCUGUGGCCGAGUGCGGCUGUCCUGAAGUCCUGUGGCUGUGGCUGCUGCCCCUGCCUGGUCGGCCCCCUGGGAUGCAGCGUGGGGAGGGGUGGUCUCCCCUGUCCUAAGGCCACGGCGAGUCUCCUGAGGGGCACGCGACAGACGUGCCCGCAGCCGCGAGGGGCAGAGCACCUGUGAGGCCGUGGGGGCCCCACCGCUGUGUCGGCCUUCUCCCGCCCCGCAUAGCCGAGGCCCCUCUGGCCGAAGGGCCUCCCUGUCCCCGUGGCGGGGCAUGCAGGGCCCUCACGGCGGGGAUGGGAGGGAUGGGAGGGACGGGCUGGGGCCGGGUGUCCCCCGACUGCCCCGCCUGCCGAGCCCCCAGCCCCGUUUU